AUGCGGGGAGCAUCCGCCAGCGCCCAGCUCAAUGCCUCGCUCCUGCUCCCGAACCGCUCCUCCAACAGCUCGGAGCCGCGGAGCCCCCCGCGCCUGGUGGACGCCUGGCUGGUGCCCCUCUUCUUCGCCAUGCUGAUGGUGGUGGGGCUGGCGGGCAACUCCCUGGUCAUCUACGUGAUCACCAAGCACAAGCAGAUGAGGACGGUCACCAACUUCUACAUCGCCAACCUUGCCACCACUGAUAUCAUCUUCCUGGUGUGCUGCGUGCCGUUCACUGCCAUGCUGUAUCCUCUUCCCGGCUGGAUCUUCGGGGAGUUCAUGUGCAAGUUUGUCAAUUACAUCCAACAGGUCUCCGUGCAGGCCACCUGCGUCACCCUGACGGCCAUGAGCGUGGACCGCUGGUACGUGACCGUGUUCCCGCUGCGCUCCCUGCGCCAGCGCACCCCCCGCAUUGCCGUCGCCAUCAGCCUGGGCAUCUGGAUCUGUUCCUUUAUCGUCUCCGCCCCGGUGCUGAUGUACAACAGGUUGACAGAGGGCUACUGGUUCGGGCCGCAGACCUAUUGCAGUGAGUCCUUCCCCUCCGCCUCCCACGAGAAGGCCUUUAUCCUUUACAACUUCCUGGCCGUCUACCUGCUUCCCCUACUGACCAUCUGCGUCUGCUACGUGGCCAUGCUCUACCAGAUGGGACAUCCCACCGUGGAGCCCAUCGAUAACAACUACCAGGUGCAGCAGCUGGCCGAGCGUUCCGAGGCGAUGCGGGCCAAGAUCUCCCGCAUGGUGGUCAUCAUCGUGGUACUCUUCACCGUCUGUUGGGGGCCCGUGCAAUUCCUCAUUCUCGUCCAGGCCUUCAGCCCCAGCUUCCAGCGCAACUACUACAUCUACAAGGUGAAGAUCUGGGCCCACUGCAUGUCCUACACCAACUCCUCCAUCAACCCCAUUGUCUAUGCCUUCAUGGGUGUCAACUUCAGGAAAGCCUUCAAGAAGGUCUUCCCCUUCAUCUUCAAGCAAAAGGUGGGCUGCACCAAUGCGGGCAACGCCCAUGUCAACACCGAGAUGCACUUCGUGUCCUCGGGCACAUAG